CCAAUACCCCCCACCUCACUACGACUCCUAAUUCACAUCUCCCAACGUCGCCGCUGAGCACCCUCCGAACAACCAACACCAAAGCUGAAGCUACCCCGCUACCCCGCCAACACCACAACCUCACCACCACCCACCAUGUCGCACUCGCACUGCCACGACGAAUCCCACAGCCACGACCAUGGCGACCACGACCACGACCACAGUGACGACAUAACGCCUGCCCUCCAAAACAUCCUCUACUCACAAAUCGACUUCAACGCUCUGCGCACCCUAAAUGAAGACACCUCCAACAGCGGGCGCUCGAUCUGCCAAAAAACAUGGGCGCAGCGGCUCUCCCCCACACCCGAGCUAGUCUCCAGCGCCGACGAGCAACUCCUCAUGCUCAUCCCAUUCACAGGCCAAGUGCGACUGCACUCGAUCCUGAUACGGACGUCGGACAGCGACGCGAGUCCCAAGACGUUGAAGGUGUUUGCGAAUUUUGGGGAUGAUAUGGAUUUUGAGACGGCGAGUGAGAAGGAGGCUACACAGACGCUGGAGAUUGCGAGGACGAAUGAGGUUCAGGAGAUCCCAAUGAAGAGGGUGCAUUUCAACAACACGCGGAGUUUAGCAUUGUUUUUCGAAGAUAAUUGGAGUCAGGGUGAGGAAGAUGAGACGAGAAUUAGUUAUUUGGCGUUUAAGGGGGAUUUUAUGAAGCUGAAUAAGGAGCCGGUUAGUGUGCUGUAUGAGGCUGCUGCGAAUCCGGCGGAUCAUAAGGCUAUUGCUGGGGUAAAGGAAGGGAUGGGGAGGGGGAUACAGUAGCAGAAGAGACGGAGAAAAUGAGAAGCAACAUGGAGAGUCGUGCGUAAACUGCAGACACUGUUUCGAUAGCGUUUGUC